CGGUUUCUACUUACUAUACUUUGUCGGUAUUUGUAUUCCUGUCCUCUUAUCUUUAUAUCAUUACAAAAUCACCCCUUUGUUUCCCUUGUAGAUUUCAACCUUUUCAUCAUUGCCAUUUUGCUAAAUGCGUGUUCAGCCUGCACCUAACUCAUGGAACCAACAAACAUCCCUCCACGUCUCUUUUCACAUAUCCACAAAAUAUAUAUAUAUACAGCCACACCAAUUCAAUCUAGAUCAUAUACUUGUGAUUUCAUUUAGUUUAUUAAGGUCAUAAUCAGAAAGACUAUGAUUUUAUUUUCUAUGUAUGCUAGAAUAAUUAAACACAGAGUUGAUGUUCUAUAAUUGAAUCAAAUAUACGAAUUUUCGUUGGCAACAUAUUCCUUCAUCAAUGAUUUUACGAACUCGUUGACUAAUACCAAGCACCAGGCAAAACGUUGACCUUUUCCCUCACAUACACACACGAAAGAAUAAACAUGUAGUAAAAGAAACUCAAGUUGCAAGAAGCAACAUCAUCGUUCUUAAUAUAACAGAAGUUAGAUUCAUGGAGGAAGAUAAAGAUAGAAGAAUGGUUCGGAGUAUAGAGAAGUUGAGAUGGAUGUUGCAGUUUGGAUUCUGCGUUAUGAGUUUGGGAUGUGCUUCAGUUUCAGGAUCAUUCUCCUUUCAAAUUCACCAUAGAUUCUCGGACCAGGUCAAGACCGUUCUUGGUGGCCAUGGCUUGCCUGAAAUGGGCACUCUCGAGUACUACGAGACCUUGGUUCACCGUGACCGAGGUCGCCGGCUAACCUCCAACAACAAUCAGACGACUGUUUCUUUCGCUCAAGGCAACUCCACACAAGAAAUCAUUUUUUUGCAUUAUGCGAAUGUGACGGUAGGGACACCGGCUCAAUGGUUCUUGGUGGCUUUAGACACGGGAAGUGAUUUGUUCUGGUUACCUUGCAAUUGCAAGUCCAGUUGCAUACGUAGCAUGGAGACCGACCAAGGCGAGAGGAUAAAGCUCAACAUCUAUGACCCAACCAUAUCAACAUCAAGCUCAAAGGUUCCGUGCAAUAGCACACUUUGUGCAUUAAGAAACAGAUGUGUUUCUCCUCUCAGCGAUUGUCCUUAUCGAAUUCGAUAUCUCUCGCCCGGUAGUAGAAGCACAGGAGUGUUAGUGGAUGAUGUGAUCCACAUGAGGACAGAAGAAGGAGAACCAAGAGAUGCUCGGAUCACAUUUGGAUGUAGUGAGUCCCAAGUAGGGUUGUUCGAAGAAACGGCUGUAAAUGGUAUAAUGGGACUUGCAAUAGCAGACAUAGCGGUUCCAAACAUGUUGGCUAAAGCCGGUGUAGCCUCAAACUCUUUCUCAAUGUGUUUUGGUCUGAAAGGGAAGGGAACAAUCAGUUUCGGAGACAAAGGCAGCUCAGACCAGCUUGAAACUCCAUUGAGUGGCACUCUUUCUCCGCCGUUUUACGAUGUGACCAUCACCGAAUUCAAGGUAGGAAGUGUGACGGUGGAAACAGAAUUCACCGCAAUAUUUGACUCCGGGACUGCCGUUACAUGGCUCAUCGAACCUUACUACACUGCUGUUACCACAAACUACCAUCUUCAAGUAGCAGACAGACGACUUCCGGCAAGAGUGAAGAGUCCCUUUGAGUUCUGCUACAUUAUUACAUCAGCUACUGAUGAAGAGAAGAUUCCUUCAAUUAGCUUUGAGAUGCAAGGAGGAGCUACGUAUAAUGUUUUUAGCCCCGUACUUGUCUUCGACACCUCCGAUGGCGGACAAGUCUAUUGCUUGGCCGUCUUAAAGGAAGUUACUGCCGGCUUCAACAUCAUCGGACAAAACUUCAUGACAAACUACAGAAUCGUCCACGAUCGUGAGAGAAUGAUUCUGGGAUGGAAAGAAUCCGACUGUAACGAUAAGAAUGGUUUUACUGGACCUACUGCCUCAGCAAACCCGCCGUCGCUGACGCCAACGCCGUCUCCAAGAGCCAGAAGCCCUUCGACGCGUUUGAACCCGCUCGCUGCUUCUUCACUCCUCAUCCUUUGCUUCUUUUCUUUUAUACUAGGGGUUGGCCCGCCCUACGGGCGGAUGAAUUUACACUAAGACUAUUAAUUUUAUAAAACAUUUGAAAAUUUACUUUAUAGUCUAAAUAAUAGAUAUAAUAUGUUUAUAUAAGAUGAAAUCGUAAUAUUAAAUUUUUACUGGUUUAAGUU